ACAACUGUCAGUUCAGUUAUGGACGACUAUGAGAGGCAGUCGAUGACGUUAUCGCCACCAAAAAAGAAAACGAAGACACAUUUCCAAAAGAUUGUUUGAUAAAACAAGAAACCGUGUGGACAUCGGAGGAGCCUUCCUUAGAUGCCAACGUCUUCGUCAAACUAAAAACAUCAAGUCUGACGCAGAGCUGGCCAUAUUUCUCCUCGACAGCUAUGAGGGACCAAGUACCUCCACCCCUAGCAAGGCACAGUGGACGAAGUCUGUUGCUCCAGCACUGUCAUCAAUAUGUCCGUCUGAUGGAGAUCUGUCAUGUGAAUCACUGGAGAGGGAGAGCACCUGAAGCUCUAGAGCAAAGUUUGCAUAAUAUUAAUGUCCAGAGCAAACCACACAUGAUGGACGAAAGUGAAUUCAAUGACCUAAGAAACAGUGUUAUUGACUGGGGGACAGAUGAAGAGGACAAUGAGAACCAUGAUAAGGACGACAACAGCCAUGAUGAGGACGAUAAUAGCCAAAAUGAGUAUUACGUACCUCAUAUUAGUAUAAGGAUUGGUGGAGCACUGCCCACAUCGUGCAUUGACAGUCUGCCCAUCAUCGGCAUGAGCGAUGUUGUCCAUGACAUCGAUGCAGAGAUUGAGCCUCCAUCAGCUCAUAUACCAAUGCCGCCAACCAUUCUUCCCGCACAACUGGAGGUCUUGGCUGAGGAUGACCUAAUUGGAAAACGGGCAUCCAUCUGCUAUGAGGACUGCUUGAAACAGCUGGCAGCUGUCCUUAUGCUGCCCAUUAAAGGAGAAUUCUGGUGUGAUAUUGACCUAAAGUGUAUUGAAACAUGAUACCGAGUGUGAACGUAUGUCUCAUAGCCCAUCUCGGCUUGUCCCCUGCACUCCAAAAUCUGGCGCUAG